AGGAUUUAUGUUUUUGUUUUGCUUGUAACAACCCGAAAGACUUGCCAUUGUCUUCACAGGUAGUAGUGAAAAAGCGAAGUGUAGUUAACUCAAUUUGCGGUGGCAGUUCCUUCCGAUUGGUGUGAAAAUUUUAUACUUUGGAAAAUUUCAUCAGCAAAUAGUCAAAAUCCAAUGAAAUCUCGGUGCCGGGAAGUAGCAGGUGAAAAUUAGUAGGUGUUGGUUGCUGUAACGCAUAGGGAAAUGAUAAGCGAUUACUCACUGACAUCAUCGGAUAAUGACGAAACGAGCAGCUACGCAGAGGAGACAACCGAGGACGACGAGGAGGAUGUGUUCCUGCAGCUGGCAGGCGACGGUGGUGGCGGCGGCGAGGACAAGCAGAAGCUGGUCACAAUCAAGCAGUACGCGCAGAAUGUUGUAGAUUUCAGCUCUCAGUAUGGCAGUGAUACGAGCAUUUCCUACACCGCCUACAACGUAACCGGGAAGCCCUCCAAGUAUCCGGAUUAUGGUGAUUUCCCGGAAACUUUUGCCUUUCGAACUUAUGGCCCCUGGUGGAAAUUGGCACCUUCUGCCGUUGCUGAAAUCGGUCCGGAAGCUGGCACGCUGGUGGAUGACUACAUUCUAGCCCGGUUUGAGGAACCCGUCUAUCCCGAUUCGAUAACAGUUUUUGAAACCUACAAUCCUGGAGGCAUUGUUCGGAUUUGGGCCUAUACGCAGGCGGAUCAAUGGGUUUGCCUGUGGGAUCUAGCGGAGGCAUCGGACGAUAGUGUCACCCCUAUCGCGCGUAACCGUGCCCGACAGUUUUGUCCACGUUUGAAGGCAUGCCCGAAUCCCACCCGCUACAUCCGAUUGGAGUUCAACAAUACCCAGUUGGAAUAUUUCACCCAAAUCGAUGCAAUCUUACUUGUAGGCCAAAAGAAUGUACUGAACAAAAAUCCCAGCCUGAAGAAGCUGCAAAUGUUCAACCUUCAAACGAACACGAUUUCCACCGAAGAAGAGCAAACCUCGGUCAGUGAGAGUAUGUCCAGCCGCUCUGUCACGCCUACCGAAGAACCUCGCCUUUCGCUGGAUCAAAUGCCGUACGAGAUUUUGUUCAAAAUAAUGUCGUUCCUUGAUCUACGAUCUCUGUUCCGCUGUGGAAGCGUUAGCCGCAUGUUUCAUGAGAUUGUGGCAACCAAUUCGCUGCUGUACACGACUGUCAACUUGCGACCCUACUGGAACUGUGCUUCGUCCGCCACGCUGCGCUCACUGCGCGGUCGUUGUGCUUACACUAAAAAACUGGAUCUUUCCUGGUGCGGACUGUUUAACGCCAUUCUGCCAAGUGAAUUUAAAGACUUUCUGGCCGCCUGUGGCGGCAAUCUCACCCACCUUCGAGUGGAUUCCUGCAAGUUCAUCACCAACGAAAGCUGCCUGCAAGCGAUUGCAGCAAAUUGUUUCGAAAAUCUGCGCGAACUUACGCUGCAGAACUACACCCCGCAGGAGGAGGACUUUGCAGCGCUCACUCACUUCCGGAACCUCGAACGGCUGGAUUUAAGCCGCACCACGAUCGACACUUUAUCGCUGGUUCGAGUGCUAGCACGAAACGAACAACUUCUCCACCUGAACAUUGCGUUCUGCUCGCUGGAUGUCAGCAUGGAUGAGGUGGCGCUUCAGAUCUCCAAACACAACCAGAAGCUAAUCUCGCUGGAUAUGUGGAAAUCACAUUCACUAACCUCGUUCGGUUUGGAGGCUCUUGCCAAAUGUACCGAGCUGGAGGAGGUGGACUUUGGUUGGUGUCUCCGGGAGGAGCCCACACCUGGUGAAUCGCUUCGUGCCUUGGUUAGAAGUUGUCCUCGUCUGAGGAAACUUUACCUGGCAGCAAUUCGGGGUUUAACCGAUCGCGAUUUGGAAGCUGUCGCAACUCACUGCCAGCAGUUGGAGCAGCUGGAUCUGAUGGGCAGUAUGGGUAUUUCGACGGAAAUGUGCUACCGGCUGCUGUGCCGCUGUAAGAGACUACGUCUGCUUGAUCUCAGCUUCUGUGAUAAUCUGGACGAGCUGCAGAUUGGCUUGUGGCGCGAUUGUUUCGAUGUAGCCAUCAAGAGAAGCCUUAUGGAUUUCGGACCGCAGCGCGGGGAGUUUUGAUUCGCGUUCCGCUGGUUGUGAUUGUGUGACACUUCGACGGGCAUUCCAUUUACUUGCAAGGUAAUUUUCUACAUUUUAACUUAUACCGAGUGACAUUUGCAAUGAGAUUAACCUAUGAUUAUUUUAAACUGAUAUUUAUUCGAA